AUGCGUUGCUUGGCAGCUAGGGUCAACUACAAGACUCUGAUCAUCAUCUGUGCCCUCUUCACCCUGGUGAUGGUCCUGCUGUGGAACCGCUGCUCCUCCAGCACGUCACCCCGGAGCCUGGUGGGACCGGAACGUCGUGGAGCACCUGCUGCCGCCUCCGAGAGCGCCAUGGCCAGGCAGCAGAGUGAGGAGGCAUCACCUCAGGAGCAGCAGAAAGCUCCUCCACUCAUGGGGAGCUCCAACAAGGCCUCUGGGCUGAAGUAUGAGGAGAUUGACUGUCUGAUCAAUGAGGAGCAGACGGUGAAAGGGAGGAGGGAAGGCACCGAGGUCUUCCUGCCAUUCAGUUGGGUAGAGAAGUACUUUGAGGUUUAUGGGAGGAUUGCUCAGUAUGAUGGUUAUGACAGGUUUGAAUUCUCUCAUAGCUACUCCAAAGUAUACACACAGAGAGCUCCAUACCACCCCGACGGGGUCUUCAUGUCCUUCGAGGGCUACAACGUUGAAGUGCGCGACAGAGUCAAGUGCAUCAGUGGAGUAGAAGGAGUUCCUCUCUCCACCCAAUGGGGACCCCAAGGCUACUUCUACCCCAUCCAGAUUGCACAGUAUGGACUGAGCCACUACAGCAAGAACCUCACAGAGAAGCCACCACAUAUCGAGGUGUAUGAGACAGCUGAAGACAAGGACAAGACCAGCAGGACUGGAGACUGGACAGUGCCCAAAGGCUGUUCCUUGACCACAGUGUGGGACAAAGCCAAGUUCACCAAUGUCAAACAAUUUGUGGCUCCAGAGAGCACCGAGGGAGUCUCUCUGCAGUUAGGCAACGCCCGAGACUUCAUUCUAUCCUUCGACCUCAAGUUCCUGACCAAUGGCAGCGUGUCCGUGGUGCUGGAGACCACGGAGAAGAACCAGCUCUUCACAGUGCACUACGUCUCUAACAACCAACUCAUUGCUUUCAAAGACAGAGACAUCACCUAUGGCAUUGGAGCCAGGACUAGCUGGAGCACCCUCACCAGGGACCUCCUCACUGACCUGCGCAAGGGCGUUGGCCUCUCCAACACCAAGGCCGUGAAGCAAACCAAGAUCAUGCCCAAGCGUGUGGUGAGGCUGGUGGUGAAGGGCAGAGGCUUCAUCGACAACAUCACCAUCUCGGCCACCGCCCACAUGGCUGCGUUCUUUGCCGCCAGCAAUUGGUUGGUGAGGAACCAGGACGAGCGUGGUGGUUGGCCCAUCAUGGUCACCAGGAAGCUGGGAGAAGGUUUUAAAUCCUUGGAUCCAGGGUGGUACUCGGCCAUGGCACAGGGUCAGGCUAUCUCCACGCUGGUGAGGGCCUACCUGCUGACAAAGGAGCAGGUGUUCCUGAGCGCGGCGCUGAGGGCCACGGCGCCCUACAAGCUGCCGUCGGAGCAGCGUGGGGUCAAGGCUGUCUUCAUGAACAGGCAUGACUGGUAUGAGGAGUAUCCCACCUCUCCCAGCUCCUUUGUGCUCAAUGGCUUCAUGUACUCCUUGAUUGGGCUGUAUGACCUGAAGGAGACAGCUGGGGAGAAGCUGGGCAAAGAGGCACGGGUGCUCUAUGAGAGGGGCAUGGAGUCGUUGAAGGCCAUGCUGCCACUCUACGACACUGGCUCAGGGACCAUCUACGACCUGAGGCACUUCAUGUUGGGCACAGCACCCAACCUGGCACGUUGGGACUACCACACCACACACAUCAACCAGCUGCAGCUGCUCAGCACCAUUGAUGAGUCCCCUAUCUUCAAGGAGUUUGUCAAGAGGUGGAAGAGUUACCUGCGAGGAGGACGAGCGAAGCACAACUGA